AGCAUAUUAGUGGCCAUUACUUCCAUUGGGGAAUGGUUGGAGACGCGAGAAUUUUGAGUUCCAAGCGUGGUCACUGAUUGCAUCUAAAUCACUCAUUCUGGAAAUAAACCGAGGACUUUAUGGAGCCCGGAUGAGCGACAUGGGUGGAAUUUUUGCAAUGGCUCCCAAGCAAGAUCCGUGGCCUCUUCUCAUUGUUGUUAGUCUAUUUGUGUGCGAGUGUUUCAGUGGCUGUGCUGAAGUGGACUCGAUGACCGAGGCCGUGCAUGGUGAGGCCUUCGUGCUGGGCUGCAUUUCCUGCAAAAAACGGGGGGAGGUGUCAGCUGUCACGACCGUUGACUGGCACUUCAGACCUCAAGGAGAGGAAAACUUUAUACACAUCUUCCACUACGAGCACCCAAGUGCCAAUGUGAUGGACGAAGCCUUCAGGGGGCGUCUGGACUGGCUGGGCACGCUGGGUGAGGACGUCCAGGCGGGGGCCAUUGCUGUGCACAACAUCAGCUACAAGGACACCGGCACGUACCGCUGCACCUUCAACCGAAUGCUUUUUCUGGCGGAAUUCCGGUAUCACGUCAGCGUGUUGAAGGAGGUGAAGCUCGGUGUAGUGGAAACCGCCAACCGUGAGAUGGCGGCGGUGGUAUCGGAGAUCGUCAUGUAUGUGCUGAUCGUGCUGCUACAGUUGUGGCUCAUCGUGGUUGUGGUCUACUGCUACCAAAAGGUGCACAACGACACUGAUGCCCGAGAGGCGAGAAGAGCUCUCAAGGCUCACAAAGAACUGCUGGACUGUGAUGGCGUGAUGUUAGAUGGAGCUAAAUAAAGUAAAAUAAAGUAAAUCUGGU